AUGACGACAAAGACAGCGGUGAGGAGCUGUUCGGUUGCGGUUGCGGCGGACCUGCGAGACGUACGGAUGCAGCGGCAGCGUGGAGUAGUGGAGCGCGGAGGGAGCAAACGGCCGGUAGGGGAUGACGAUGGAGGCGCGGAUGUUGGCUGCGACAACGCUCGUCCGUUGGUGGCGAAACUCGACAUAGAGCACCAACAAAUGAGGGAUGGAGGAGCAGAGGAAGAGCGGGUCUGGUGUGUUGAACCGAACCAGUUUGAUAUGGUAUGUGGACUGUUGGGUCAAAUAUGUGGGUUUGAUAUGGUAUGUUGACUGUUUUUUUACAGAUUGGGCUGGAAGUCCGAAUAUGUAACAGAGUUGGAUUUUAAUGGGCUGAUGAAUUUCUUGG